CUCUCUAAUAAAAAAGUAAUGUAUUGGAAAGAAGAAAAUUUUUUCUCUGCAACUGGUUUUCAUAAACCGUUGAAGUAAACGAUAUAAAACAUUCAACUUGCUCCCAAAAGUUGAAAAAUAAGCCAAACGUAAAUCACUCUUCUCAUCCAGUCUAUUCUUUCUUUGACUGAAACUAACAGCAUUACAUAGAAAAACAAUUAAAAUCACAGCAUGCCUAAUUGGUCUUCAUUCGGUAACCCAGACGACAUCUUAUUAACAGAUGAUAGUGUCCCAGACGCUUUCAAGAUUUGCGUCAUUCAAGGUAUGGUCGAUGCAGACGCUGAGUUCUCUGGUGGUAUCGGUACCCGUAUAGGUUCUAUCUUUGUCAUUGGUAUUGUCUCAACAUUUGUUACUGUGUUCCCACUUCUCUCGCAAAAAUACAAUUGGAAGAUCUCAGUGUGGUUUUACUUGUUUGCUAAGUUCUUUGGUGCUGGUGUUAUUAUCGCAACUGCUUUUGUGCACUUGAUGGAUCCAGCGUAUGGUGAAAUUGGUGGUAACACAUGUGUUGGUAUGUGGGGUAAUUGGGCUUCAUACUCUUGGGUCCCGGCAUUGAUUUUGGCUUCCAUUUUCGGUAUCUUUUUAGUUGAUAUCGGAAGUGAGGUUUAUGUUGAACGCAAAUAUGGUUUUAUUGCUGAUGAACCAGAUAUCCAAAAGUUGAUCACCGGCAAAGAAGAAAAGCCUGCUGACUUUGAUAACUGUGAGGCUGCUGAUGACUGUGUUGUAUGUGAUGACAAUGAUAACAAUACCAAGGGCAAAGAAAGCGUCGAUGUUUGUCAAAGAAGUUUGGCUUCUACUACCUCUUCGUACGAAUUCCAACAGCAAUUCGCAGCUUUCUUGAUUUUGGAAUUCGGUGUCAUCUUUCACUCUGUUAUUAUUGGUUUGAACUUGGGUUCAUGUGGUUAUGAUGACUUCAAGACUUUGUACAUUGUCUUGGUGUUCCAUCAAUCUUUCGAAGGUUUGGGUAUUGGUGCAAGAUUGUCUGCCAUUCCAUGGCCAGAUUCCAAGCCUGAAAUUUACAAAUAUUUGCUUUGUCUUGCUUACGGUUUAGUUACUCCAGUUUCCAUUGCUAUUGGUCUUGGUGUCAGAACCACUUAUGUGUCUGGUGGCUAUGCAGCUAAUAUCGUCUCUGGUGUUUUGGAUUCCUUAUCUUCUGGUAUUUUGAUCUACACCGGUUUGGUUGAAUUUUUGGCCAGAGACUUUGUCUUCAACAAGGCUAUCAAGCGUGACACCACUAAGUUGCUUUACUCCAUCUUCUGUAUGCUAUGGGGUACAGGAAUCAUGGCAUUGAUUGGUAAAUGGGCCUAGAUGUGUCUUCGUUCUCUGAAAGUAAAUGUUAAAAUAGUAAGAAUAACUAGUUUACUUUAUAUGGAUUUUCCCUUUUCUCUUUUCUCUUUCUCACUCUCUCUUUUAAUCGUUAACAUCAUUAAUAAAAGCUCAACACUUAUCCAAAAGAAAAACGAUUCCUUACGAAUAGCUAAAAAAUAACUCUUCUUGCAUUGGAAUGAAAUUAGCGCAUGCUGAACAACUCUACCUUGUCAACAUCAUAGGCUCGCUUUCCUAAACAUACAAAGUAACAU